AUGUGCAUCUCCAUUGGAAGUCAUACGGUUGUCAUUAAAGCUCGUGAUCCAUUACGGACAAUGCCCAUCCCGAGCUGGUGCGUCCGAAGGUCUCUUUCGCCCCAUGGACUGCCUUGCCCCGAACUAGCGUGGAUAUCAGAGAUUACUCGUCCCCACCCGGCAUCUAGUGCAGUCGUCCCACGCGUGCCAUUGCCAGAUCCUCAUUCGCCCUGUGCGCUGACGGGACGCUACGACGGUGGUUCGUCGUCUUCGAGCAUGGCUGCCAUGGUCUGCCUCUCGCGGUUCCAAAGCCCGGUCUAA